GGGCAAGGUCUGAGAGCCUGCAGGAGGAGAGCCUCGCGGGCCACCGAACCGAGGUGGACGUGAAGUGAGGCGGGACGGGCGGCCAGGCCGAGGUGGACUGGGGCGAGCCUAGGAGACGUGCGGCAAGGCCGUGCCGGGCCGCGCGCGAGCAUGUGCGGGCGCACCUCCUGUCACCUGCCUAAAGAUGUGCUGGCCAGAGCGUGCGCCUAUCGGGACCGGCAGGGCCGGCAGCGGCUCCCAGAGUGGAAGGACCCCGACAAAUACUGCCCCUCGUACAACAAGAGCCCGCAGUCCAGCAGCCCAGUGCUUCUGUCGCGGCUGCACUUUGAGAAGGAUGCAGACUCAUCCGAACGUAUCAUUGCUCCCAUGCGAUGGGGAUUGGUUCCAUCUUGGUUCAAGGAGAGUGAUCCUUCUAAGCUGAAGUUCAACACUUCCAACUGUCGUAGUGAUACCAUAAUGGAGAAACGUUCCUUCAAGGUACCUCUCGGAAAGGGAAGACGCUGUGUCGUUUUAGCAGAUGGAUUCUAUGAGUGGCAGCGAUGUCAGGUUAAUAGCCAAAGGCAGCCAUACUUCAUCUACUUCCCCCAAGCAAAAACAGAAGAGUCAGGUAGUGUUGGCGCUGUGGACGAUCCUGAGCACUGGGAGAAAGUCUGGGACAAUUGGAGGCUGCUGACAAUGGCGGGGAUCUUUGACUGCUGGGAGUCCCCAGAAGGAGGAGACCUCCUGUAUUCCUACACCAUCAUCACAGUAGAUUCCUGCAAAAGCUUGAAUGACAUUCACCCUAGGAUGCCUGCCAUAUUAGAUGGAGAGGAGGAAGUCUCUAAAUGGCUUGACUUUGGUGAGGUCUCGACUCAGGAAGCUCUGAAGUUAAUCCACCCCACAGAGAACAUCACCUUCCAUCCAGUCUCCUGCGUGGUGAACAACACCCGAAACAACACUCCUGAAUGUCUGGCUCCUCUCAACUUACUGCUCAAAAAGGAGCUCAAGGCAAGUGGUAGUAGCCAGAAGAUGAUGCAAUGGCUGGCCACAAAGUCCCCCAAAAAGGAAGAGCCCAAAACGCCCCCAAAGGCAGAGUCAGAUGUGCCCCAGUGGUCCAGCCAGUUCCUGCAAAAGAGCCCACUCCCCACCAAGAGAGGAAGUGCAGGACUCCUGGAGCGAUGGCUGAAGCAGGAGAAGGAGGAGGAGCCCGAAGCCAAGCGGCCUCACAACCAGUAACACCAGAUUUUCAGAGACUAAGACCAUGGUUUGCUGCACUAAAUUUUGUUGCAGAUAACAGGUGUUUGUGUUACACGUGUGUAGAUUUGCUUUUGGAUGAGAUAACGGGUGUUAGUUGACAGUUGUGGAUUCAUGAUUGAGUGGCUAUACUGGCUGCAACCAGGAACCCAGAGUAGAGCAAAUGGGCAGCCUGGGAAGAGUAAGGGACCACCAGCAUCAGUAAUUCAUAGGGUCCUUUAUACUUGGUAUGACUGGUAGAGCCUUCUCUCAGUGCUAGACCUUGCUGGCAGUUUUCAGUACUGCCAGCAGACUGGUACUGCUCACAGAAGGCUAUUUUCUGCUCAGCUUUUGGGUUCUGUCACCCUUUUGGAAUGAAGUUCUUAAAACAUUGUAUUUGUUUCUGAAUAAAUUAUAUUUGAUAAA